AUGGCUUCGUAUCCUCCCGCAUCAAAACCUAUUCAUUCUUUGAAUUUACACGAAAAGCUCCUAAAAAUUGGUCGGAACAUUCCAUGCACUGCAGAAGAUCAAACUGGGGAAAUACACAAUAAGUGUCAAUGUCUCGGCUGGAAACCAAAGACCAACAACACGGGGCGUGCCGAUUUGUGCGCGUGCGGUCAUCGCGUCAGUUGGCACGGCCAUAAUAAUUCGUUAACGCAAGAAAUACUUAAUGCACGCUUGGAGAUAGCCAUGAAAAUCGAUAAUAUUUUGGAGUCCAAAGAUAAAUUACAAGAUUUCGAAUAUGAAGAUGCUGAACUAAAGAGUUUAAGGCAACAGCUCAUAGCAAUUGGCGAAAGUCCCAACCCAAAUAAGCGAAAGUUAGUUGACGAUUACGAGAAUGGGUUUAGCUCGAAUAAGCCUAAACUUGAUGAGCCCAUUGUCCACGAGAAACCCGCGAUGGCAGAGGAACGCCUGGGGACCAUCGCCAUGAAAGUACUAACCAACGAUGAUACCAUCGAGAAUCUCACUUUAUUGACGGGUCUCAAGAAUUUGAUUAAAAUUCAGUUGCCCAACAUGCCACCUGAGUACAUCACUCGUCUCGUCUAUGACAAGCGUCAUUAUUCUUUGGCCAUAAUCAAAGGGGGAAAUCGAGUGGUUGGUGGUAUUACCUACCGUUUGUUCCCGGAGAAUAAACUUGCGGAAAUUGUGUUUUGUGUUGUUAGUUCAACCGAGCAGGCAAAGGGGUACGGUUCUCAUCUGAUGAAUGAUUUAAAGGAUCUUCUUAAGGAAAAGGAAGGCAUUAAACAUCUGAUGACUUAUGCUGACAAUCAUGCCAUGGGAUUUUUCAAGAAAAAUGGUUUCACAACUGAUAUUACUCUUGAUAAAGGUUUGUGGAUGGGUUUCAUAAAAGAUUACGAUGAAGCCACAAUUAUGCAGUGUACAAUGAUCGAAAAGGUCAAGUACAAAAAACUACAUGAGAUUCUUGCUAUGCAGAGAAGGGCGAUAAAGAAUGAAAUUGCCGUGCGAAAGAACAAAAUUACAAUCUAUAAAGGAUUAGACAUUUCUAAAAACAAACCGAUUAAUCCGUUAGACAUACCGGGCAUUCGAGAAUCGGGUUGGAACGAAGAAAUGGAGGCUCGCGUUCGCGGAAACAAAAAAUCUAUACGUAAUAUUAUGGCGAGUAUCACAGUGGAAUUAAAGAAGUAUCCAAAAUCUUGGCCAUUUCGCACUCCUGUCAAUCGCGAUGAAGUACCCGAUUAUUAUAAUGUUAUCAAAAAUCCGAUGGACCUUGCCACCAUCGAAUCGAAAGUGGAGAAUAAUUAUUAUAAAUCAAUCGAAGAUUAUGCAUCGGACGUUAGAACAAUAUUUCUCAACUGUCGCCUCUACAAUGCCGAAGGGACGAUAUAUGUGAAGUGUGCUGCUGGGCUCGAAAAAUAUUUUAACGAACGUUUAAAAUAUUAUGACGUUUGCAUUACUAAUGACAAGAAAAAGGUGCGCCUAAUCGUCGAUAUUUUGGGUUAA